AUGUCUGACAAUAAGCAGGGCGGAAAGUGGUCCAGCCCGGCCUUUCUCCUUAGCCUGGCUGUUGGCUUCUACGACGAGCUGAAGAACGGCAGUCUCCCGCAGGAGGCAAAGGACCGUGUCGAGGCGAAGCUCCAUCGCGAUGGCUUUGAGGACACCACGUGGGAUUCUGUCCGUCAACCUGGAGCCCGUCUGUCACAUUCGCUGCCUGAAACAGGUGGCUGA